AUGUUGAUUUGGUUUACCCCUGCGUCCCUUUUAACCAUCGUACCGCCAUUUCUCAGACCGCGCAAAGCCACUCGGGCCAUUGAAAACUGGCAUUCAAACCGUGCCCAGCCAGUCGGGCCGUUGAAGCGCUCCCAUUCAAACUGCGCCAAACCAGUCUGCUUGAAAUAUGUUGCCUUAGUUUAG